GUCUAGGGGCAACGCUCGAUCCGUGUCACGACUUCAGCCCCGACGGGAUCCGUAUGCUACAGCAACCCGACAACGAAAAGGAGUCGCAGCCAGCACGGAUCCUGCGGAAUUCGACUCUGUCAUUGACAAGGUUUCAAAGCCCAGAGAGAUGUGGCAGCCGCGCCGAAGUGGCGAGCCGCUUCAGCUGAAGCGGCCUCCAGACGAUGCCGAUCCCGGCACGACAGAUCGCCCAGCUGUUGCUUCCAGCAAGGGGCCGGGGUCUCCAGUAUGCGUGACGCUCGUGACGCUCAAGGUCCGACACUUCAUGGACAUGAGCGACCAGCCUGGGCCCUUAGCACAGGUGACAUUCAUUACCUUCAACCGCGAGAGCAACUUGCUGUUCUCCUGCGGUAAGGACAAGCUGGUCUGUGUCUGGAGCUUUCCAGAUGGAGAGUUGUUGGGUAGCUACAGAGGUCACAACGGAGCUGUGUGGUCUUGCAGCGCCACAUUUGACUCCAGGUGGCUGGUGACGUGCGGCGCGGACCGGCUGGUCAUUGUUUGGGAGGCUCACACCUCGAGGGAACUUGCCCGAGUGGAGCUUCCUGGCGUAGUGCGAUGUGUGGAGUGGGCCGGAGCAGCUCCUGGUGUCAAUGCCUCGGACGUAAGCGAACGCUUCGUGACUGCACACAACCGCUUUGGUGCGCACCCGCCUGCAUUGUCUGUGUGGCGUUUUGAUGGCAAAUCCAUUCAGGAGCUGCUUGUCAUUUCCAAGCUGCCCUCCGCGGCCCUGCAGGUGAGAUGGGGUAGGGCGAACUACUUCAUCGCCAGCGCUCAUGACAGCGGUGAGCUCAUUUUUUGGCGAGCAGACACUGGAGCCGAAGUCAAGAGACUAAAGGCCCAUGAUGCCGGCAUUUCUAAGUUCGAUUUCAACGAUGAUCGAGAACUUGUGGCCACAGUCUCACAUGAUAUGAGCGUUUGCAUAUGGGACAUUGGAAAAGGCACUGAGUGGCGGAUGUUGUACAAAGCGCAGACAGACCGGCCGCUCAACGCCGUGGCCCUGGGCCCGCUGCCGCAGAAGGCCGCUCUCGGCGCCACAGCCUUGAGCCGACUCGAGCCUGUCGGACUCUCGGAGACAUCUUUUGACGAUGAUGUUCCCAGGCUCCAGCUGAGCGUCCAGGGCACGUUUGCGUGGUGGCGGCUGGUGGCCAGGCUCCAUGGUGCCACACCCUACAGAACCUCAAACAAGAAGCAACAUUUGGAUGUCUGUGUGGAGGAUGUGCGAGAUGUUGCCCGGAGCAGCAGCGCGACUGAGCAGUUCGGGUCACUGCUCUUUCGUCUGGGUUUCGAGAAGUUACCCUGCGACCUGAAGGCCGAUGGAGUGACCAACAAAGGUCACUUUGGCCCGGUCCACACCCUGGCUUUUGCCGGCGAUGGCUCCGCAAUUGCCUCGGGCUCCGAGGAUGGCUUUGUGCGAGUGCACAUUUUUGACAAAGAGGUGCUGAAUGUCAAGGGCCUGCCUUUUUGGGGCACGAGGCUGCAUGGCAGCGUGUCUGCCUCAGAGGUUGAGUGCAUGAACUCCACUGGACUCGACAUGGCCAGCGACCUGGCUGAGCUGGGGACGGUGCAGGAGGCUUUCAGCAACAGCUUUCUGAUGAUCCUGGUCACAGAGCUUGGUGACAAAACAUUCUUCAUUGCUGCGUUACUUGCCAUGAGACACGACCGGCUGGCGGUCUUCUUCGGAUCUGCAGGCGCGCUGGCUGCAAUGACUGCCUUGAGUGCGACGAUUGGACUGGUCCUUCCGAAGUUGAUGCCGCGAAAGUACACUCACUGGGCAGCCGUAGCGCUUUUCGUAUACUUCGGCAUCAAGCUCUUGUGGGAGGCAUUUCAGAUGCUGCGCAGCGGAAGUGGUAGCGGGCCCAGCGAAGAGCUUGAAGAGGUCGAGCAAAGCUUGAAGGAAGAGAGCUCCAAGGACAAGCAGACUUGGGCCGUAGCUGGCCAGGCUCUGACCCUCACCUUUCUGGCCGAGUGGGGCGACCGCUCGCAGAUUUCGACAAUUGCCUUGGCAGCUGCAAAGGACCCUCUGGGUGUGACGCUGGGUGGAAUUAUCGGCCAUUCCUGCUGCACGAGCCUGGCAGUCAUCGGAGGCCGAGUACUGGCUGAACACAUCUCUGAGCGGAUGGUUGUCAGUGCUGGUGGGGUCCUUUUCCUUUGCUUCGCUCUGCAUGGCGCCAUCAUGGGCUCGGAUUGA